AUGAUCGUCUUCAACCUAUCCUUCUGUAUUCUGCUCAGUAGCUGUAUCAGUUCGGUGUUUUCUUUGAUAAAAAUCAAAAUCACUCCACCGGAAUUGAAUGAAUUCCGCACUGGCCAAAUACGUAACGUUACUGUUACAAUCUUUGAGAAGAUAAGCAGAAAUGAGUCGUCUUUAAUCCAACAACCUAUAAUCCAAUGCCAGGAUCAGAAGAUAUGCGAAGUCCGUUCCAUCGAAAACAUUUUCACAGAAUAUGAGAAUAAGACUAUGCUUCAUGUCUACAAUGUAACGAUCGAGGCUAUAUUCCUCGGGAUAACUCAGCUCGAUUUCAGUCUCUACGAUAAUGAAACAGUUCUGAGUGAUGAUUACGUCAUUCGAGUUAUGCGCGCUGCCUUUUAUGUUUACCUCACCACCGUGUUUACAGCAUUUAUCGGAACUUUCAUCAUUAUUGUUACUUUCAUGAUGGGAACUCAAUUAGAAUGGGCAAAAAUUAGAUCCGUCAUGCAGAAACCAGUUGGGCCAGCCAUAGGAUUUGUUUGUCAAUUUGUGUUGAUGCCUUUGUUUGGAUUUUGCUUGGCAGAAUUUGGAUUCAAUGAGGACGAAACAGUUCUGAAACUGGCUCUUUUUGCAGCUUCAACAUGUCCAGGCGGAGGAAAAAGCUCGUUCUGGACGAUUAUUUAUGGAGGGAACUUGGAUCUCUCGGUCGCCAUGACUUUCACGCAAACCAUAUCUGCAAUCUUUAUGAUGCCAUUCUGGCUGUACACAUUAGGGAAACGAUUCACAACCAAGCGUAUUGAAAUACCUUUUUUCGCGAUCAUUGAAGGUUUACUAGUUCUGAUGAUACCAUCUUCAGCUGGAAUGUAUUUCAUCCAUCGUCGGCCACAUCUCGUUAAGAGAGUAGAAAAACAAAUAAAAAGAUGCACGUGGUUCGCUACAGUUUUUUUCACGGCUUUUGCCAUUUGGGCUAAUUGGUAUGUGUUCUUGUUAUUUACAUGGAAAACGGCAAUAAUCGGAUGCCUCUUACCUUGGGCCGGUUAUUUCAUCGCCUACACUGCAGCUUGGGUAUGUGGGCAGUCUUAUCAAAAUAAAAUAACGAUUGCGAUCGAAACUGGAGUGCAGAACAUAGGAAUCGCCACAAUUCUUAUGAUCUGGUCAUUACCCGAGCCAGAAGUUGAUAUUUCGCUAACAAUUCUCUUUGCCAUAAUGAUUUCUACAGAUAAGCCAUUGAUCAUCUUGUGGCUAAUACUCAAAUUUCGCCGUAAAUACUGUGGAAACGAAAGUAUAGACGACAAAGUCAUCGGAAAAUAUAAAGUGGAGAAUGACAUAGUCGAAGUUGUCACUCCGACACAGCACGUGAAUGAAGCGUUUGAAACGACUGAAGAUUCAAGUGAGGAUAAGCAGAAGAACGUGCUCUAA